GGCUGGGCCCGCCCCCCGCCUGCCGGCCCUCGGCACUCACUAGCCGGCCGCCGCCGAGCAGGCAGCAGCCGCAUCAGGACCGUCCGGGGGCGCCGCCGGCGAUGCCCGCAGCCCUCGCCGCGCCCCGCCGGGCCUGCUGAGCCGCACCCCCUCCCACCCCCCACCCCGGGCCGGGGCCGCGCCGGGCCGGGGCCGGGCCGCGCCCGGGUGGGGCCGCGUUGCCUGCAUGACCCUCCGGGGGCGCGGGGAGAAGGCGACCAUCAGCAUCCAGGAGCAUAUGGCCAUCGACGUGUGCCCCGGCCCAAUCCGGCCCAUCAAGCAAAUAUCCGACUACUUCCCCCGCUUCCCGCGGGGCCUGCCCCCGGACGCCGGGCCCCGCGCCGCUGCGCCCCCGGACGCCCCCGCGCGCCCCGCCGCUGCCAGCGCGGGCCGCCGAAGCCCCUCCGACGGCGCCCGCGACGACGACGAGGAUGUCGACCAGCUCUUCGGAGCCUACGGCGCCAGCCCGGGCCCCAGCCCCGGCCCCAGCCCCGCGCGGCCGCCCGCCAAGCCGCCCGAGGACGAGCCCGACGCUGACGGGUACGAGUCCGACGACUGCACUGCCCUGGGCACGCUGGAUUUCAGCCUCCUCUAUGACCAGGAGAACAACGCCCUCCACUGCACUAUCAGCAAGGCCAAGGGCCUGAAGCCGAUGGACCACAACGGGCUGGCAGACCCCUACGUCAAGCUGCACCUGCUUCCAGGAGCCAGUAAGGCAAAUAAACUCAGAACAAAGACUCUCCGAAACACUCUGAAUCCCACGUGGAAUGAGACCCUCACUUACUACGGGAUCACGGACGAAGACAUGAUUCGAAAGACCCUGCGGAUCUCUGUGUGCGAUGAGGACAAAUUCCGUCACAACGAGUUCAUCGGGGAGACGCGUGUGCCCCUGAAGAAGCUAAAGGCCAACCACACCAAGACGUUCAGCAUCUGCCUGGAGAAGCAGCUACCGGUGGACAAAACCGAAGACAAGUCCCUGGAGGAACGGGGUCGGAUCCUCAUCUCCCUCAAGUACAGCUCGCAGAAGCAGGGCCUGCUGGUCGGCAUCGUGCGCUGCGCCCACCUGGCUGCCAUGGACGCCAACGGCUACUCGGACCCCUACGUGAAGACAUACCUGAAGCCAGAUGUGGACAAGAAAUCUAAACAUAAGACAGCAGUAAAGAAGAAGACCCUGAACCCUGAAUUCAAUGAGGAAUUCUGUUAUGAGAUUAAGCAUGGGGACCUGGCCAAGAAGACCCUGGAAGUCACUGUUUGGGAUUAUGACAUUGGAAAAUCCAACGAUUUCAUUGGCGGAGUGGUUCUGGGCAUCAACGCUAAGGGUGAGCGCCUGAAGCACUGGUUUGACUGCCUGAAAAACAAGGACAAGCGGAUCGAGCGCUGGCACACGCUCACCAAUGAGCUCCCAGGGGCUGUGCUCAGCGACUGACCAGCCCCCCACCUGCUGCCGCACCCACCCCUGCCUGUCUCCUGGCCCAGCACCGGCCUGGCCCUGGGCCUCCUCAGCUGCCACCAAGGGCCUCGGCCCUCAUCUCGGGGGAGAGCCGGGGUGCCUGCUCGGACACUGAGCCACUGCGGCCCCUGCUUGGAGGCUGUGGAGGGCUCAGCCACUCCUAGGGACAGCAAGGCCAGAGAGCUGGGCCUGCUUUUGGCACCCACCCCAGGGAAGGGAAUGGGGUCGUCCAGGGGGUGAGGGCCUUACUGGAGGUCAGCAGUAAGUCAUGGGACCCCAGGCUGAGAGAACAGGAGUGCAGGGGCGCUUUGGCAGGGCCAGUGAGAACUCUCGAGAGAGACAUUAGGGAGAGGGACAUGGGGGGGAAGGAGAUUUGGGAAAACGUUCCCAAGAGGAGGUUCUUACUACAUCUGUUCAUCUCUGGCAUUAUUGGGCAGGUGGGAAAAAGCUGACCCAAGAGCAGGGAGUAUGGUAAAGUUCCAACUUUACUGAACAUGGGCAAUUGGCAAGCACUUCACUCAAUGAUGCAACAAUCCGUUGGAGAUGAAUGAGACCCAGGGCCUGCCUCUGAGUUCCUUGUCUAAUCAAGGAGCUAAGAACAAACCACUACAAUGGGGAAUGAGGAAUACCAAGGCCAGGCUGACAUACCUGUGAGUGCCAUGGACUCCAACUCUGCUGAGAGGCAGGGAGGGCUUCCCCAAGGAGGUGAUGCUUCAGCAAGGUCUUGAAGGGUGAGUGGAGUUUCUGGGCAGCCGAAGUGUAAGGGCAAUAUGUGCCAUGGGAAUGAUCUGUAAAAGCCUAGAGAGGAGAGGAUGGUGAAUGGGCUAGAGUCAUUGUGCAAGACCUGGGGACUCACGCUGGAGACAGUGUGUUAGGACAGGAGUGGGGCUUAGAGGUGACAUCACCCACCCCUGCCUGCCAGGCCAGCCCCAGCUCAUAGCUUUGGGGGAACUGAGGGAAGCACUGUGGUGAAACUGAUCUUGGGCAGGGUUAAGUUCAGUCCUCAAACCCAAUUCUCCCACCUUUAAUCUUUCUCUUCCCAAGGACCUGGAGGAUGGAUCCUGCCUCUCAGCUUAAGCAUGAGGUCAGCUGUAAUCAAGAAAAGGGUCCC